UUGCUUACACAUGUUAAAGAACUUGUAGAUAAGUUAACUUUCCCACUUUUUUUAUUUUUAGCUAUUUCAGUGAGGAUAUACCUUAAAACCAAAGAAUUUUUCCUAGUCCCACGAGGUAUAUUUCAUUACAGUAAUACAGACAACACUUUCGACUCGAACUUCAAGAUCCCCAAUUUCGAAGCGUUGGAUCCGAUGAAAGUGGCCAGCGAACUAAUGAGUGCAGCAGCAAAGGCCGAAAAUCGGCGGAAAGCCAUGAUAGGAAUCUUCUUACCUCUACCGUUCGCUGGAAAACCUCUCAACUUCGAGGUAAACUUUAGUUACAUAGAUGUAUCGAUUGUGCAGGAUCAUCUACACGAAAAGAGUGGGGCUGAUCUCACACCAGAAGCCAAAGAGACCUUCAUGAAGGCUAAGUACAUUUGUCUUCAUUCAAGCACUGCAUCUUGUGACGAGGUAAUAAUGCCUGCUGGCACAUUUCCAAAAAUUGAAAUAAGGGUUAUCAGGUGUCCCUCUGACCCGCUACCCCGCGAAGUAAUGGAUUGUUCGGUGUCCCAGACAGAGGAAGAGUUUGAAAUUUUUUUUCGAAAGCAAACAUCCGUCAACGGGAUUGAUCUGGGCAGUCCAAAUCGGCAUUGA